GCAAUUGACAGCAGUGACAGCUGAUAUCUUGUGUUGUCGAAUGUUGUCGAAGUUUUUAUCACAGUUUCUUAAAAAAUUAUCAGUCUGCUUGUUUUGCCACAUAAUCACAGUUAUUUCACUAAAAGUAUACAUAUUUAAAAAUUAAUUCAUCUUCUAAUUUGUAGAUUCUUAUAAUAAGCACCAACAUGGGCGACGAGAAACGGGUGAUAUUAGUUACUGGUGGAUCGGGUUUAGUAGGAAAAGCAAUAACAACAGCAGUAGAGGAAGAACAAAACAAAGGAAGCAUCCAUUCGUUACAGGAAACAUGGAUAUUUUGCGGUUCCAAGGAUGCCGACCUUCGGGAUAAAGAGCAAACAGAGGCAUUGUUUGAGAAACACAAACCAACACAUGUCAUACACUUAGCUGCUAUGGUCGGUGGUCUGUUCCACAACAUGAGACAUAACUUGGAGUUCUUUAGAGACAACAUGGCCAUAAAUGAGAAUGUACUUUACGCAAGUCACAAAAACAAUGUGAAGAAAGUAGUUUCCUGUCUAUCAACAUGCAUUUUCCCAGAUAAAACAACUUAUCCAAUAGACGAGACGAUGGUGCACAAUGGACCACCACACAACUCUAACUUUGGAUACAGUUAUGCUAAGAGAAUGAUAGACAUAUUAAAUAAAGGCUACCAUGAGUCCCACGGGAGAAUGUUCACAUCAGUGAUACCCUGUAAUGUGUUUGGUCCGUACGACAACUACAGCCUGGAGACCAGCCACGUCAUCCCUGCAAUUAUUAGACGAAUGGACGAUGCUAUGCUGAAAGGAGAUCCAACAUUCACAGUGAUGGGAACAGGCAAGCCGUUGCGACAGUUCAUCUAUUCGCUGGACCUAGCGCGUCUGUUCAUAUGGGUGUUACGGAACUACGAGAGCGUCGAACCCAUUGUGUUAUCAGUUGACGAAAAAGACGAGGUAUCGAUCGGACAAGUGGCAGAGUUAAUAAAGAAAGCGCACGGGUACCAGGGACAGAUUGUGUACGACACCACCAAGCCCGACGGACAGUUCAAGAAGACUGCGUCCAACAACAAGCUCAGGUCGCUGAACAAGGAGUUCCAGUUCACACCACUAGAGACGGCCAUACAAGAGUCGGUCACGUGGUACAAGAAUAAUAAGCAGAAUGCUAGGAUAUAGAGUGAGAAUUUUGUAUGAUUGGAAAUAAAUUUAUAGUAUUUAUUAUUGUGGGUAUUAUAGUGAUAUCAAUUUGUCAUAUAUACAGGAAAUAAAAAAUAUAUAAAUAUCGACUUGCAAUUGCCUAUUGUAUUUUUUGUGUUUAAAAGUCCUAAGGCAUUAUUAAAAAUAAGUCAAUUGGACUGAGAAUUUUCUCCAUUAUGAAGUUGGUAAAAGUUUUUUAUAUAUGUAGUUUUGUCCACUGCCCAUAUAUUGAUGGUUUUAGUUCAGGUGAUAUUCUUCCUCUAAGACUAUUAUAGUAUUGUUUACACAAUGCCAAAUAGUUGAGCUGGUCAGUUACUAUUUACUGCAAUGCUUUUUACACUCUUGGGCGGUUAUAUGUGGCGAUCCGAGCAAAUGGAAGUUGUGUUUUUAUUAAAUUCUAUUAUAUAUCUCUGCUUUUCCUUCUAGCCUUUAGUUUGCCCGUGGUCAGUGGUAUAUAGAAGCGGGCUUUGUUGAGAUCGGUAACGCUGAACACCUCUACAAUCGACGAAACUGUUAAAACCGGGGAUCUAUUUUUGUCGCGUCCGGGGCUUUGCGUCGUUUCUUUUUAUCUUUCGUCUGGGGCUUCGUGUUGUUCGUGUUGUGUGGGCCGCUACUGGUCAUUGAUCAAUUAAUAUAUACUUUUUUAUUACAAAGCCACUCUUUCUGUCACAUUUAGGAAUUUGGUUUAUUGCAUCAUAGCACUUGCUGUUGUACUGAUAUUCUAGUAGUAUUAACUGUCCAGACAUCCUAGCAGACAUCCAGCUAGUAUUCGGUAACUAAUGCGUUGAUUGUUCUGAUGCAGAAUUUAGUUCAGAAAGAUUUGUUUAUGUCAAUUAUUUAUUAUUUGAAUAUUAUACAUUGAAAUAAAGGAUUUUGUUCAAAUGA